AUGGAAUCCGAACGUCAAGAUCCCCUUGGGGUACAGCAAAAUCCUCGUUACAUGAGGACUUAUCCAAAGACUCGAUCGACGGGUGUCUUUCCCCCGUCGUCACGGGGCGCACAGUCCCGCAGAACACCACUUCAAGAACCACGUUCUCAGGACCUGGGGAAGUCACUUGAGAAGGUACUAUCUGCGGUUGACGUUGUCGAGGCCCAUUUAGCCAAGAUAAGCGACAUCGUCGAUCCGAAUGCUUCCAAAUGGCCAAUAAGACAACCGACCCAAUAUCCUUUCAGAUUCAGAAAUUCAGAAACUGAUUCUUCUGACUCCCGGGGUCAAUUUGGAGACACUUGCAAGGAAGUGGAUCAACAGAUGGAGAGGUUGAAGAGCUGGACCCCUCAGACAAACCCGUCCAAUUUGAACAUGUCGCCGGAUGAUGUGCUCAUCACAAGCGUUGAGAAAUUGAAGGGCGCCUUCGAAAAGAGUCACAACCAAUGGGUCAAACAAGUGAAGUCACAAGAUGACCUCAUUCAAUGUCUGCUUGAUGCCCAUUUCAUGGUAGGCGAACAGCUCUCUCGGAUGAACGCGCAUCUCCAGAGUCUCGAGCAACGACAUCAUCAGCUAGGAGAUAAGCUGCCUGAUGAUGACUAUGAGCUUGAAGAGUCUGAUACUGAAGUGAGAAGCGAAGCAAGUCACUCUUUUGAGUUUGUCGUCUGUUCAGGUAUGGAUGAGGAAGAAGAUGAGGGUGUGGAGAAGAAGGCAGAUAAUCUUCACCAACAAGCUUCUGCAGAUGUAUGGGGCCAAAUUUGA